AUGUUCCACUUUGAUGGAUGGUCAAAACCGGAGCACCCUGGCCCUCCACUUGAUCCGGAGGGCCUUGUGGAAAAUAACGGGUGCUCGGCAGGACCAAAUGAGGUAAGAUUUUUUUGUUUUGGGAACUGCUUGACUUUGAUUUAAUCUAAAGUAAUAUAAUUUUAUUUUCAGCCAAUGCCAAACAAGUCCAUGAAGGAACAAGAAACUAAGGUGGAGCACCCUAGCCCCCCGAAUGAGCCCGGGGGGCCGUUGGAAGAUAAAAAUGGGUGCUCACCUUUUGUUCCGGUCCCAGUACGUCUUUGACCGAACCUUGGUCGACCGGCACCCUGGCCCUCCACUUGAUCCGGAGGGCCUUGUGGAAAAUAACGGGUGCUCGGCAGGACCAAAUGAAGUAAGAUUUUUUUUGUUUUCGGAACUGCUUGACUUUAGUCUAAAGUAAAAUAAUUUUAUUGAUCAUUUUAUUUUCAGCCAGCCCCCUGA